AUGGUCCGGUCUCACCAACUCGAGGACCAGACCGGAUCAACCGUAUUACCGAUAUCAGCAUUAUGGUUGGCAUUGCCGUUGGUUAUCGUUGGCGCUGGCAAAGCCUUACACUUCCCAGGACAAGUGUCUUUAUACGAUCAAGAAUUUCCUGUGCCGCAGCGAAGCACGGCGACAUCUAUGAUUGCACUGAUCAUUGGGAUCUGCUUUUACAUGAGCACGGCGGUGAUCGAUUGCAUACGGACGAUCACUGGUUGGUUGCCGGAUAAUAUCAACGAAGGGAGGAUGGAUUAUGUGUUCUGGAUGUUGGUGGUGCUGGGAGUGGCUAACUUUGGCUAUUACCUAACGUGUGCAAGGUUGUACAAGUACCAAAAUAUCGACAAUUCUAGCUCAGAGUUUGAGGACCAAGAGUGA